AUGAAUGAUGAGAAGAAUCAAGCAAUGGAAAUUGAAGAUCUAACUAUUGAAAAAUAUGAAUGGGGGAAUAAAAUAUUGACAGUACGUGAAAAUAAAAUUAUUCAUAAAAAAUUACAGAGCGAUCCUGAUUUUGCGUCGAGAUAUUUUUCAAAAUUCGUCGUUCCAGAAAAUGACAAUAAUGAAGAAUCAAAAAUUUCUUCGGAAGAAGAAUUUUGUGAAGACCUUGUUUGGAGUUAUGAUGCAGUGAAGCUAUUAGUCAAUGAAUAUCAAAAUCGUCUCGAUCGAUUUAACAACCCGAAAAUUAAAAACUCCCGGUUGUGGAAGGAAAUUGCUGAGGUAUUUAGAAAACAAAAUAAACCUUAUCCAAUACGAGCUAUAAGUCGAAAAUUUUUCAAUAUGAAGACAACUUAUUAUAAAAUAACAAAAAAUAAACGGAGAAUUAAAGUUGGACGCAGACCAUGGCCGUGGAUCAAAGCGAUGGAAGAGAUUUUAAAAAAAGAUAAUUCUGUCAAUUUAACUAAUAAUGAAAUUACAGUUGCUGAAAAAAGUGACAAUAAUAAUGAAAAUAUAACAAUAGUUGAAUCUACGGUGGAACCAAAUAAUUUAUCAAGCAAUAACCCCACUGAUCCAAUUGAAUCGACAAAUAAUUCUAGUAGUGAAGGGAAUGCUGAAAACAAAGAUGACUGGGAGAUGAUUGAUGACACAUCAAACUUCUCAUCAUCUUUGGGAAUUUCUUCAGACCAUGAUUUUAAUUCAAGCAACAGCCAAAAUUUACCAAAAGAUACUUCAGACUAUAGAACAAAAAUGAUUGAUUUAAAGACAGAAGAAGUUCAAAUUUUAAAACUUAUUCAUAAAGACGUAGACGACGGUCAUUAUUCCAAAAUGGAAAUUGUUAGUGAGCUGACUACAGCUAUCAAGGAACAUAAUGUUAUUCUUAAAGAACUUAUAGAUGUCUUAAAAGAACGACUUCUUAAUAAGUAA